AUGAAGAGGACUGCUGAUGAAGCCGCUAUAUCAGUGAUGCCACAGAGGGUGCGCGUUAACAUCGUCGUUCCACCAGAUCCGAUUACAGCUUUUCGGGAAAUAACGUUUGACCUGGAAUGUGAUGCGUCCUUCACCAUUGACUCGGUGAAGUGGGCCUUGAUCGACAAGAUGUAUGCAGUGCUUGGUCGCAACCCCCGCAUUUCGUCAUUUCAACUACAUCAAGAUGGUCGUCAUGUCGAGUACACUCAGCCGAUCACAGUUCUGAGCACGCUGUCGCGAGUUAGGUUUGUUCGUACAGCACCUGACCAGUGGGAGUGA